UUCUACUUUUGGUUCAUUGCAUAUACCGACAAGGUGUGGCAAGACUGGUCCGAGACUUGUUUUCAAGACGACCCUGCUCUUUCCUGCAGUUGGAAUUCUCGAAUGACGCAAGACAAAGAGCAUCAAACUUCGAUUCCAGAUUGUUUGAUGUCUGGUUGCUUUGAUUGCUGCAGCACUCAGAGAAGAUGGAUAGGUGGAGCGCAAUGCGCGUCUGUGCUCUGGGCAUGCAGAUGGCUCUUCUGAGCUUGUCGACCAUGGUGGCAGGUCAGAACGAUGUUCAGAUAAUAUUUUAUGAAAGGAAUGACUGCUCAGGGUCUGGAAAUUUUUACAUUGGAUUUGAUCAAGAAAUCUGUCUCAGAGAAGGUGUUUGGCGAGGUUCUAUUCAAGUUGUUGGUGCUGGAAAUUGCGGGCGUACCCGGGUCUUCAAGAACAGAAAUUGCACUGGUACACCUACAGCUGACUUCGCCGGCGAUAUUUGUUACACGAUGGACAACCUCGCGGGUACGGCUAAUUCGGCAUACUGGUACGGAGGCUGCAGCACUCCACCUAAACCAGUGAAACCUGUAUGUAAGAGGAAGCCCCCAGUGCCUAGUGGAGUCGUUUUCAUCCCCAAGACCUACAACGGGAGCUGGAUUCUCAAUGGUUGGGAGAAUGCUAGAUUAUACUCAAAGCUGAAGAAUCUUUCAAAUGCCGAGAAAGUGGACUGGCUCCGAUCUCAUGGCGCGACUUUCAAGCCUAAGACUGCUGGGAAGACAAGAACGCUGUGAGCAUCAUAGUUCUGUGGACAGUCAUAGCUACGAGGCAAUAAUUCUCUGGAGCCUUACCACGAUGAUUGUGCUAGAUAUGUAGAUCAACGAGAUCUGGAUUGGAUAUGUUCGAAGGUAUAAAUACAUAGCUGUAUGAUGCGAUGGCGUAUUUGCUCUUAGUCUGGAUUUCAUCGAGAGAUCUAGCCUUUAAAGUCGACAAGUUUCGUAAAAUUUAUAUAAGA